CGUAGUGGGGCGUGAUUUUUAAAAUUUUUUCAAAAAAACGCCUUAUAACGCCCCGGCCCCCAUUACAUAGGGCGUGACCGGGCGUUAUUUUUGAAAAAAAAACGAAUGUGGCGUUUUAAUUAAAACGCUGAAAAAUUAAAGGGGAUCCAAAUUAGACCAUUGGCAAACGGUCAAAAUUGUUAUUUUUUUUUUAAUUUAAAAAUUUACCCCACUAUAUAUAUCCACCCACUUUAUCAUAUUUUUUUAUACAAAAACACCCACUUUCUCCUACUUUCUUCUUUUUUUUUUAUAAAAAACACCCACUUUCUCCUACUUUCUUCUAUUUUUUUAUAAAAAACACCCACUUUCUCCUACUUUUUUAUACAAUCAUGCAUCCAUUCCGACCCCCUUUUGGUGUCCCCGCAAGACCCACGAACCGGAACACAACCCAACCGCAAAAACCCGUAUAACCUUCAAGACAUGGACCCGAACUUUUUACCGUACGCGGCUUACUUGACUAGCGCCACUCCGUUUGUACCUCCCACCUUCGGCUAUGGUCAAGCCGGCGGGUCGCAACCGUCACAACCACAACCCGAAUCCGAAUCCGAACCCGAUGUCGAUGUCGUGCCGGAGACGCAACCCGAACCGGUGCAAGACAAAUCAAAACGCGGCAGAAGGUCGCAUAAGAAGAAGGAUAAGGACGAACCUCGACGUACAAAAACUAUCAUUAAAUGGACGAAGGAGGAGGAAUUCACGUUGACUCGGGCGUGGCUCGACGUUUCGGAGGACGAAGAAACGGCAAACUUUCAAACGGGUCCCGUUUUUUGGGAUAGGGUUCGUGCACUCUUUUUUAGCACGUGGGGUCAAGGCGAACAUCGGGACAAAGAUUCCAUUUCUAGCAAAUGGACCGACAUCAACAACAAGUCUCACGCGUUCCAAGAAGUUUACCAACGUAACUACGAUACUCGCCCGAGCGGUGAAAGUGACGUCGGGGUUUUAACGAGGACUUUGGAGGAGUUUGAGAGGACGAAAUGCCCUUUCACGUACUAUAAGUGUUGGGAGCUACUACGAAAAAGUCCAAAGUGGGCGCUAGUUAAUCCAAUGAUGUCUAGUAGUAGACGUCGAGCUAAAAGGUCAAAAACAUCAUCCUCCGUUGACCCGUCAACUCCGACAUCGGAUGCCCGCAAUGUUGACGCGGUGGACGUUGACGAGGGAGUUCAAGAAGAGUUGAUCCGACCCACCGGUAGAAGAAAGGGAACCGGGAAAAAAACGGUCGAGUCGUCUUCCGAUCUCGAGUUAAAGGAAGAUUUCAAGGAGAUGAACCGUCGUCUCCAAGACAUUCGCGACCUCGGCCACCAACGUUAUGAGAUUAUGAAAGAACGAGUGGCCGAAACCAAAAAGUUUAACGAGAUGCAAGAGGCGAGACAAAUGGAAAAGGACAUUGAGUUUUUGUCCAAACCUAUCGACCACCUACAAGGCGAUGCGUUGAUCCUUGCGCAAAUGCGUCGCCAAAAAAUUAGAGAAAAAUAUGGACUCUAGAUCAUGUUCUUUUUUUUAACUUUAUUUUUUUUCGGUUUUUUUUCCUGUUUUUUUAUUUUCUGUUUUUUUUUUUUCAGUUUUUUUUUAUUUCAAGUAGUGUAAUUUUUAUUUUAAAUUAAUGAUGUUUUUUAUGUUUUAAUUUAAAAAAA